AUGUCGCACAACUUGUCGGAGGAGGACCAGAAAGAGAUCAACGCUUUUCUGGACUCGGAGCAGUCCAAGGCCCGCGUGCAGGCGACAGUGCACACGUUCACGGAGCGCUGCUGGGACCAGUGUGUGAAGUCGUCGAUCGGUACGCACUUUGGCCGUGGCGAGGAGGCGUGCCUCAGCAACUGCGUGGAGCGCUUUUUGGACACAUCGCUGCUGAUUGUGAAGAAGCUCGAGAGCCAACGUGACCUGGCCGCCUAG